CCCCGAGCCCACUGCAACAAAGGGGAGCGGGGCCGCCGCCUGCGCGCCCUGGCCCUGCCCCGCGGGGCCGCCGCCGCUCUGCAGGCGGGAGGGGGCGGGCAAUGCGCGGGCACCGCGCAGGGGAUCCCGCCUCCGCCUGUCCUCGGCGCAGCCCCGAGAGGCGGCGCGGACGGGCCCGGGCUGGCGCUGCGAGGCUCGCUCUGGAGAAGAAGCCGGGCUCCGGUCUCUAACAACCCGCAGCGAGGAGCAGAGCCCGGCAGUGCCCGCCUGGCGCCGCGCACCGCCAUGGCCCGCGCACCUGCACUCUGCCGCGGCCCAGGGGACGCUCGCACAGCUGGCUCCGGGCGCACGCACUGGGCCAGGGACACCCGGGCCCGUGGGCGCACGCCGGGCUCGGCCCCUUACUCGCGUGUCGCCGCAGUUAGGUGCGCGCCGCUGCCUAAACCCAGGUGAUUUGGUUCAGAGUGCCCAUAAUAAGGAUUAGUCGUCUGUCAAAAGUUUAGUGAUUGAUUAUUAAGAAAAUUUCCUGCAUUGUUCAUGGAGUUUUUCAUCAGUAUGUCUGAAAGCAUUAAAUAUAAUGAUGAUGAUCACAAAACAGUGUUUCUGAAAACAUUAAAUGAACAACGUCUGGAAGGAGAAUUUUGUGACAUAGCUAUUGUGGUAGAAGAUGUGAAAUUCAGAGCGCACCGGUGUGUGCUUGCUGCAUGCAGUACCUACUUCAAAAAGCUUUUCAAGAAACUGGAGGUUGAUAGCUCAUCAGUAAUAGAGAUAGAUUUCCUUCGUUCUGAUAUAUUUGAAGAGGUUCUAAAUUAUAUGUAUACUGCAAAGAUUUCAGUUAAGAAGGAAGAUGUAAAUUUGAUGAUGUCAUCAGGUCAGAUUCUUGGUAUUAGGUUUUUGGAUAAACUUUGUUCCCAGAAACGUGAUGUAUCUAGUCCCGAAGAAAACGCCCAAUCCAAGAGUAAGUAUUGUCUGAAAAUAAAUCGUUCUAUUGGAGAAUCUAAUGAUAACCAAGAUGACGAGGUUGAGGAAAUUGGAGAUCAUGAUGAUAGCCCAUCAGAUGUAACAGUAGAAGGAACUCCUCCAAGUCAGGAAGAUGGGAAAUCUCCUACUAAUACACUAAGAGUUCAAGAAGCAAUUCUAAAAGAGUUGGGGAGUGAAGAGGUUCGAAAAGUAAACUGCUAUGGUCAAGAAGUGGAGCCCAUGGAAACAACUGAAUCAAAAGACUUAGGAUCUCAAACCCCUCAAGCUCUAACCUUUAAUGAUGGCAUAAGUGAAGUGAAAGAUGAACAGACGCCAGGAUGGACAACAGCAGCUGCUGACAUGAAGUUUGAGUAUUUGCUUUAUGGUCACAGGGAACAGAUUGCAUGUCAAGCAUGCGGUAAGACAUUUACUGAUGAAGCACGAUUGAGAAAACAUGAAAAGCUCCAUACUGCUGAUAGACCAUUUGUUUGUGAAAUGUGCACUAAAGGGUUUACCACACAGGCUCACUUGAAAGAGCACCUGAAAAUCCAUACAGGUUACAAGCCUUAUAGCUGUGAGGUGUGCGGAAAGUCUUUUAUUCGAGCUCCAGAUCUGAAAAAGCAUGAAAGAGUCCAUAGUAAUGAAAGGCCAUUUGCAUGCCAUAUGUGUGAUAAAGCUUUCAAGCACAAGUCCCAUCUAAAAGAUCAUGAAAGAAGACACCGAGGGGAAAAACCUUUUGUCUGCAGCUCUUGCACUAAAGCAUUUGCUAAAGCAUCUGAUCUAAAAAGGCACGAGAACAAUAUGCACAGUGAAAGGAAACAAAUUACAACAGCCAACGCCAUCCAGAGUGAAACAGAACAGUUACAGGCGGCAGCCAUGGCAGCUGAAGCGGAGCAGCAACUUGAAACUAUCGCUUGUAGUUAAAGACAAAAGCAACUUUAUCCAAAAAGUAACUUAAGAAAUUAAAUUGAACAAAAAUUUAAAUGUUGAAACAUGUUUAGACUGAUCAUUAUCUUUUCAGGAUAAAAUAUUUUUAGAGGGAUUGAACACUGCAUGGGAGCAUAUAGCAGUGCUUGGUUAGGUAUUUUAAAAUACUUCAAAGAUAUGUAUUCUUAGAAUAUAAAAAUAAUUUUGUUAUUAGCACUAACAUGUUUUAAUUUCAGAAAACGAGGAAAUCUCUAUUUGAUGAUUCUGCAUACUUGUCCUUUGUACACAUUAGUAAAACCAAUGAGGUAAAUUAUGUCUAACAAAACUGAAAUUUGUAGAAAAAGUUAUAAGUAUGGGAACAAAAUAUUUUUUUAAAAGAAUUUUUGGGUGUAGUUAUGCAAGAAGCAUAUAGUACACCUAGAACCCAUGAAAUUUCAUCUGUUGGAAUCCUUGACACUUUUAUUUCCUCCUUUUUCCUCAUUCACUGUACUUAUUAGCUAUUAGUGCAGCAGGUUGGCAAUUUUGGGUAAUUGGUCAAGCGGAGUUAUCCUGCUUCUUUGUCCACCCCCUUAAAUUCCUCUCUUUAAUCUAGCUGGUGCAUACAAUACUUGCUCUUCUAAAGGUUAGACUUUUCACAUUCAUAAUAGCCUAGAUGUGUCCCCUGGAUCAACAAAUGGAGAGGACACAGCACUCAUCUACCCUUUCUGUGUAGAAAGGAGUAGGGCUCAGUUGUCUCCAUGUACUCUUCAGAGGCCUUUUCAUGCUGUAUACGAGAGAUGGACUGGAGGUGGGAGGGAGGGCAAGUGGGCAGAAUUUGUAGAGAGAUAUAUUGUUCCAAAUCUAGCCCCAUGAAAAUUAAUCAAAGAUAAUGCAAUCUGAGGCUGUAUUGUCUUUGUCAUGUAGCUUCCCCUCACUCUUCCUAGGACAGCUGAGGCAAAGGGAUGCAUAGGCACAGACUCCCAGGAAAAAAAUGGUAGGUGCUGAGCACCCACCGGCAGCCCCCUAUCAGCCCCCCCGAUUUCCCCCAGCGUCUCCUACCCACUGGCAGGCCCCACUGAUCAGUGCCUCCCCCUCCAUCCCAGCGUCUGCUGUGGAUCAGCUGUUUCGCAGCAUCAGGAGGCGCUGGGGGUGAGCGGGGAGGAGCGAGGGCGCAGCGCUCUUGGGGGA